ACACCUCGAAAUAACUUCACUGAAGGUCCAUUGAGCCACUCUACUCCGAAAUCCGAAAAAGGCAAAUCGCCACUGGAGCCCAAGAAUGUUGCGAAGCUGCCCAGUUCUGAACCCCUUGAAGAUAAAUCCGCGGUAUAAGCACACAGGCGGAGAACAGGAUACGGCUGAGGACUCUGGCGCCCUCUUCACGUUCUUCGUAGACAGUUACGACGUUGCAAGUGCUUUGUUUCGCCGUGGAUGGCUGGAUAAUCGGGUCUGGUUGAAGGUCAGUGACCAAAUGCCCAAGAUCUGGAUUAACGCAUUCUUUAGGCUGCGGUUGACAAGAGUGCUGUUGGAUAGGUAUAAUCAGGAUGAGCACCGCUUGGAUCUCACGCUGUUUUAUAAAGAUGAGGCCUUGGAUAGAGACUUUUGCGCCCUCGCGGAAUCUCACUGUUUGAGCACGGUGCUCGGGAUUGUAGGGAGGGAAAUGCCGGAGCUAGAGGUUCUGAUUUUGGAUAGGAAUCACCUGACCAAUCUGUGGGCCUUUUCACUAAUGGAGCAUCGCUUUCCCCGACUUCAGAGCAUAUCUUUGAGACAGAACAAUAUCGGAAACGUGAAUUCGUUGCGGGUUUUCCAGUUUCUUCCCCUGACCGAACUGAACCUCCAGAACAAUCCUUUGCCCGCCGGUUACGAAAGGGAAGUCCGAGAUAUUUGGCCAAGUUUGCAGGUGCUCAACGAAAUACAAGUGACCCCCGACCCGAAAAUUAUACAAUUAUUUUAAAGAUCGUUGCAACUUACGGACAUCAAUGUAGAACAUAUAUAUUGGGGCUCAAGUCCUGGAGGCAGCAGUCCUUGAUCAGUCAAUGAUCUCUGUAUUCGUUGAAGAUUUUGAUUUACUUAAGAAAGAAGAAUUCCUCUGUUGUCCUAACAUAAAUUGGUUAUGAAUCGCUUAACAAAUCGGGAUAUAAAUACAUUGACACAUUUUGAUUAUGCACAGUUACAA